AUGGCUGUUAAGCUCUGUUUUGUCACUGUUGGGGCUACGGCGUCAUUCGAGAAGCUCGUCCAAGCGGUCCUGCAUGAGUCGUUCUUGGCGGAACUGGAGAAGCACAAGUUCACCCGUCUCUUGAUCCAGUACGGCAAAGGUGGCCAGCACAUCUUCGACGCCUACCGUGCCGAAUAUGAGAGCGGUAGUAUUGACCAUGGUGUGGAGAUUGGGGGUUUCGAACUUCGCCCAAACAUGACCCCAUAUCUGCGCAUGGUCCAAGAUGACCCCGCCAACUUCCAGGAGCUCGGGAUGGUGAUCAGCCAUGCCGGUACUGGCUCAAUCUUGGACGCUCUUCGUGCAGGGGUGCCUCUCGUUGUGGUUCCGAACCCUGAUCUCGCCGACAACCACCAACAGGAGCUUGCCGAUGAACUGGCCGGUCAGGGAUACGCAAUCAUCGGUAGUCUCGAUGAUAUUCCUGGCACUGUUGGUCAAGCAGUCAAGCAGGGGAAGCAGGCGCCUUUCUUCCGGCGUGGCCACGGGGAUCGCUCGACCGUACCCUUGACCGAUGAGCUAUCGUGGGUGGACUGA